AUCGUCCCGCCUCGAGCCCUCAAACCUCAUCAAUUUUCUCAAUUUCCUUCCCGCGCGGCAGCACCAAAUUCCCCUUCCACCGCCUCUGCCGGCCGCCGCCACGCUCCGAUCCCGCCAGUGGCCGCUCGCCAAACCCGACCCUCCCAGUCCCCGGCGGGUCCAAGCGCCGUGCCUGACGCACGCCCACCUCCUCUCUCGAUAGUCGAUAACGCGCGCACACGGCCUCACGCCGGCCUCGACCUCUCACUCUCGCUUCUCUCCUCCUCCGUUUUCCCGACCAAACCCUAGCGGCUAGGGAAGCAAAACAAUCGGGCACCGGCGGUGCGACCAUCCAACCAGCGGCCCAAGCGCUCGCGCGGGAGACGGGAGGAUGUACGGAAGGCGCGCGUCGCAGCUGCUGAAGGAGAUCGACUCCUCUGAAGCUGGCCACCUCGCGCCGUUCAAUAGUGACGUGUUUGAUCAGGUGAUUAGAGAGUGCAAUGAGCACAAUUCACAGUUUCAGUCAUUGAUCAGGAAAAUGGUGGAGCAAAACUUAGACAUCGAGACAACCAGAAACGAGGACCACUAUGGUGCAGCUAUCCACCAUCUUUCCCUGCUCCGUAAUAAAAGAUGCCUCAUGGCCUACAUGUACAACCGAGCAGAAGUUAUUCAGAGUUUUAGAUGGAAAGUUGGACCUGUGCUUCCCCAUGAUAUUCAAGAAAAACUCCAUUUCUCAGAGAAAGAGUAUUUUAAGAACCACUCUGCAGCCAUUAAGUCAUACAUAUCGGAGAUGGAUAUAGAUUUGACAGUAGAUAUGGUCCCUCCCAAGGAUCCUUACAUUCAGGUUCGGGUGCUGGAGGACAUUGGUGAAGUAUCUCUUGGCGACCAUUCCGUAUCAUUGACCAAGAACUCACUCCAUUUCCUAAGGCGCACAGAUGCUGAACAAUUUAUAUCACAGGGUCUUAUGGAAGAAUUUUUGGAGUAGGGAUCACAUAUGAUGUAUAAUAGGGACUCAUGACCCUUCGCUGGUUGUAACAUGGGUGCAGAAAACCUGUGAAAAUAUUGUAUGUCUGGAAGACGGCCUUCGGGAAGACCUGAAGAGACGUGGCUGGAAUGCGCAGAUGAUGUAGCUAGACUGGUGGCAUCAGACUGGGUGGCUCCACCGUCCCCUGUUUUGCUUCAGACUGGUGGCAUCAGCCAUAGAGAGCUAGCAAUCUUAUCGGUCUGUCCAAUUUAACCGUGUGUGCUUGGAGCUUCUUGACCUGGAGAAACUGGGCACCGAGAUAGCAUUGUAUGCACUAUACAGACGUCCAACUGUGAAAUGAUUUUUCUUGCACAGUGCCCUUAUGGCAUGCGCAGUUUGCAUCUGCUUAUGAUUUGGAUGCGUGAAAUUGUGGCGAUUGGCACUAGCAGGAAUUCAAAUAUCUAUUCUCGUAUA